GCUGCGCAGAGCUCCAGACGCGUCCUCCAGCUCCGUGCAGCGCGGUGUGAAGAUGGUUGGCGGCUUGUGUGCGCGCAGGUUGGCCCGCCGGUCGCGGUCCGCCCUGAUAGCAGCCCUCACGGUGCUGCUGGUGCAGACUCUGAUUGUGUGGAACUUCAGCACCCUCGACUCCGGCGAAGAAAGAGAAAACGCAGGCUCCAGCGUGCGGGAGAAGAGGGACCGGGUCGCGGGUAACAAAGCCGCUGGCAACGACUAUUUUCAGCGCGGAUUCCAGCGGCAAGCAGCGCAGCAUCUUCCUCCGCCUGGCAGGGUGACGUCUCGCCACAUCCAGCAGCCGGAUGGAUAUUACUCCCAUCGGCCAAAAGAAAAAAGUAGAGUUGACAGCAACAAUGAGAACUCUGUGCCCAAAGACUUUGAGAAUAUAGACAAUAGUAACUUCGGUGCACGUUCACAACCGCACCGGCAAUCUGUAGGGGCCACCAACAACAAGCAGCGGGAGCAUCUGCAGGAGAAGGCCCACACUCAGCAGCAGGCCUGGCGGGAUAACUCGCCUAGUUUGGGCCGCAGUUCAAACGAGGUUCUGCCUGUAGGCCACCAGUCGCUGGCAAAUGGAAACAACGCCUCCUACCCUGAUGGUCAGGGCAUCGUAGGAAGCCCACGGCAGCACUACCAUGCCUCUCAGGCACAGCUGACCCAACCACAACACAGACAUCAGCACCCUCAAAGAAAGCAGGUGACUCCAGCAACACUGGAGGUGACAUACGACCAGCCACCCAAGUGCGAGAUUAGUGGGAAGGAAGCCAUUUCAGCCCUGUCUAGAGCCAAGAGCAAAGAGUGUCGGCAACAGAUUGCUGAGGUUUACUGCAGACACAAGGAGGGACAGUUAAUGCCUGAGAAGGUUGCUCGCUACUGUCCCCUUGAAGGUAAAGCCAAUGUGAAUGUUCAGUGGGACGAAGAUUCAGCUGAGAGGUUUCCAUCAAAUCCAGUGAGAAUAGCGUUUGUCUUAGUGAUCCAUGGACGAGCUUCUCGCCAGUUCCAGCGCCUCUUCAAAGCCAUCUACCACACUUCACACUUUUACUACAUACAUGUUGACCAGCGCUCUAACUACCUGCACAGGCAGGCUCAGGCCUUGGCCUCCCAAUAUCCCAACGUGAGGGUGACACCCUGGCGCAUGGCCACCAUCUGGGGUGGAGCCAGUUUGCUGACCAUGUAUUUGCGCAGCAUGGCCGACCUGCUGGCCAUGAGGGACUGGAGCUGGGAUUUCUUCAUCAAUCUCAGCGCUGCCGACUACCCCAUCAGGAAUAAUAACCAGCUGGUGGCCUUCCUGUCUAAAUACAGAGACAUGAACUUCAUUAAGUCCCAUGGCAGGGACAAUGCAAGGUUUAUCCGUAAACAGGGUCUAGAUCGCCUGUUCUAUGAGUGUGACACCCACAUGUGGAGACUGGGUGACCGAAAAAUCCCAGAAGGCAUCUCUGUGGACGGUGGGUCCGACUGGUUCCUUCUCAACCGCAUGUUUAUUGAAUAUGUGAUCAACUCCAAGGACGAUCUGGUCACCAACAUGAAGCGCUUUUAUGCUUACACUCUGCUGCCUGCUGAGUCCUUCUUCCACACUGUGCUGGAAAACAGCAUCUACUGUGAGAGCAUGGUGGAUAACAACCUGCGCAUUACAAACUGGAACCGCAAACUGGGAUGUAAGUGUCAGUACAAGCACAUUGUGGACUGGUGUGGAUGCUCUCCCAAUGACUUCAAGCCUGCAGACUUCCACCGUUUCCAGCAAACAGUGCGGCCCACCUUCUUUGCCAGGAAGUUUGAGGCCAGCGUGAACCAGGAGAUUGUAAACCAGCUGGAUGCAUACCUGUUCGGGCCAUUUCCCCAAGGAAUGCCGGCGCUCAACUCGUACUGGGAAAAUGUGUAUGAUGAGCCAGAUGGCGUGGCCAGCCUGUCGGACACACAGCUCACGUACUACCAUUCUUUCUCCCGGUUGGGCCUUGCCAGGGCCGCAGCGUCGCUGCAGGGGAACCCAAACGAUCACAGCUGCAGGUACUUUCCCAUCCCCAUGGGCCACCCAGUGUCAGUGCAUCUCUACUUCCAUUCAGACCAAUUUCAAGGCUACCUGGUGAAGCACCAUGCCACUAACAUGGCAACAAGCAAGCUGGAGACCAUGGAGACCUGGGUGGCACCCAAAAAGAACUUCAAGCUAACCAGCCCUCCUACUAGCACAUUCAGCAGGUUGCAGUUUGCAGAGAUUGGCACAGAGUGGGAUGCCAAAGAGCGUCUUUUCAGAAACAUUGGCGGCCUUAUGGGUCCCAUGGAUGAGACGGUGGGCAUGCAAAAGUGGAAUAAAGGACCUAACGUCACUGUCACCGUCGUGUGGAUCGACCCCACCAAUGUCAUCGCAGCCACCUACGAUAUCCUGAUUGACGCAAGUGCAGAGUUUACACAUUACCGCCCACCACUCAACCAGCCUCUGCGACCUGGUGUGUGGAGCAUCCGCAUCCUGCAUCACUGGAGCCCUGUGGCUGAGAUCCGUUUUCUCAUCGCCCCACUGGCUUAUAAUAAGCAUCAGCCCAUACGGCAAGAAGAUGCUUUGAAGAGCCACAAUGGGCCAGUGAAGAACAGCUACAUGGAGCAGAGUUUCCACGGCCUCAAUCCGGUGCUCAACAUCCCAAUCAGCCUGGCUUACGUGGAGCAAGCGAAGAGGAACGCAGCACUCACAGGCCCAGAACUCGAGCACUGGUUAGACAGCCUCGUGGGGGAGCUGUGGGAGGCAACCGACGUCUGCGCCAUUGGCCCCACUGCCUGUCCUGUCAUGCAGGCUUGUGCCAAGAGCCCAUGGAGCUCCCUGAGCCCAGAUCCUAAGUCUCAUUUGGGACCACCCCGUGCUGACGGUCGCAUCAGGUAGCAGUGAGGCCUCCAGCUGGACAGGAGGCCAAGGCACUCGUUGUUUUCAUUUAUUUUAGACGCUUUUUUAGAAAGUCAGGGAGGGGUAAAUAUUCUUCUUC